AUGUCGUUCGAGAAAUCCCUCUACGACCUCAUCAGAGGCCUGCGAAACCACAAGGGCAACGAGCGCGAGUACAUACAGAACAGUUUGAAGGAAUGCCGCGCAGAAGUUCGCGGGCAGGAUAUGGACGUCAAGGCGACGGCGCUCUUGAAACUAGUCUACCUCGAAAUGGUUGGUCACGACAUGUCGUGGGCCUCGUUCCACGUCCUCGAAGUCAUGUCUUCCCAAAAGUACCACCAGAAGAGGGUCGGAUACCUAGCCGCCGUCCAGAGCUUCCGGCCUGACACCGAAGUGCUCAUGCUAGCUACAAAUCUGCUGAAGAAGGACUUGUCGUCGACGCAAGCAACCACCAUCUCCCUACCAAUGUCCACGCUGCCGCACAUCAUCACGCCUUCCCUCGCCCUCUCGACCCUCUCUGACCUCCUCCCGCGACUCGGCCACUCGAACCCGGCAAUUCGCAAAAAGACCAUUGUGACGCUGUACCGCCUAGCGCUGGUGUAUCCCGAGACGCUGCGCGCGGCGUGGCCCAAGAUCAAGGAGCGAUUGAUGGACAAGGACGAGGACCCGAGUGUCACAGCAGCCAUUGUCAACGUGGUAUGCGAGCUCGGGUGGAGGAGACCGCACGAUUUCCUGCCGCUGGCCCCCAGGCUGUUUGAGCUCCUUGUGGAUGGCGGUAAUAACUGGAUGGCCAUCAAAUUGAUCAAACUGUUUGCGACUUUGACGCCAUUAGAGCCUCGCCUUGUUCGAAAGUUGCUGCCACCCCUGACCGAGCUGAUCCGGACGACACCAGCCAUGUCGUUACUAUAUGAGUGCAUCAACGGCAUUAUUCAGGGUGGAAUUCUAGGCAGCGCGGAUGACGUCUCAGGCAGAGAGGAAAUUGCGACACUUUGCGUGAACAAGCUCAGGGGCAUGAUCAUGGUGGACGGCGACCCAAACUUGAAAUACGUUGCACUACUUGCCUUUAACAAGAUCGUCGUGACACACCCGUUUUUGGUGGCGCAACAAGAAGAUGUCAUUCUUGAGUGCAUCGAUAGUGCUGAUAUCACUAUCCGCAUCAAAGCCUUGGACCUCGUCCAGGGCAUGGUCAGCAGUGAUAACCUGGUGUCCAUAGUGAGCCGUCUGAUGAAGCAGCUCAAAUCAGCUGCGCCGAAGAGAGACUGGCCAGGGGCGCCCCUUGGCCCAGACACGGGCAUGGACUCGGAGGAGGAGGCAGAAAUGGAGAUACACUCGCCAACCAAGGCUCAGGGAGAGCCACCUCUCCCUGACGACUACCGGAGCGACGUCAUUGGACGGAUCCUGACGAUGUGCUCGCAGAACAACUACAGCAGCUUGACUGAUUUUGACUGGUAUAUCGACGUGCUGAUUCAGCUUGUCCGCAUGGCGCCGACACCGCGAUCGGUUGAGACCGAACUCGACUCGGUCGCUGCGUCUGGCAAGUCAACCGCCGGAGACGUGUCGGGGAGGAUAGGGGACGAGCUGAGGAACGUCGCUGUAAAAGUUCAUGCGCUACGAGGCGCGGCGGUUCGAGCAGCUGACCUCAUCAUUCAACAAAUGAACGCGGACACACCCGCUGGCCACUCGCUCUCAUCAGCAUCGCUCAAGUCGACAUCGUGGUUGGUUGGAGAGUACGCAAACCAGCUGGCAUUCCCCGAAGACACGCUAGGAAAUCUAUUACGCACAUUAUCUCGUACCCACAUCCCCGAUAUUCUUACGACAAGUCUGCAGGGCGUCACAAAGAUCUUCGCCUACAUCGCAGGCAAUGAAGGCCAGCCGUGGACUCCUGAAUGGAAGACAAAGAUCUCAUUGCUUUUGGCUCGCGUCAUCCACACGCUGGAGCCACUUGCUCUUCACCCGAACCUCGAAGUCCAGGAGAGAUCCGUAGAGUUUAUUGAACUUUUGAAGCUUACGGCGGAAGCAGCCUCCGGGCAGGCGCCGUCAACCGAGGACACUCACCGGGAUCCCCCGCUGCUGCUAACCCAGGCCAUUCCGUCUCUAUUCCAGGGAUGGGAGCUCAACUCCGUCGCUGUUGGAGCGCAGCGAAACGUUCCGAUGCCGGAGGGUCUGGACCUCGAUGAACCAAUCCACCCGAAUCUGGCACACCUUCUCGCCCAGGCGGACGUCAUACCAAUGGAGGCUAACGAGGCGGACGACUUCGAGGUAUACUACCAUCAGCGCCCGGCGCCUACCAGCAUAUCCUCUGCGGAACCUGCGAUUAGCAGGAUUGCCGACGUUCCGGCAGAGGAGGUUGUCAGCUCGUAUCAGCAGCAAGCGACCGAAGACAGCUACCUCGAUGCAGACAUUGUGGCAAGAAGGAAAGCCGAGCGCAAUGAACGCAACCGUGACGACCCGUUCUACAUUGCCGCCCCCGACACGGCACCCAGAACGUCGACCCCGAUACACAACAUUCUCCAAAAGGAAAACGGCCCAGAUCUCGACAUUGACUCUAUACCAAUAAUGCAGUUGGAUCUCGAUAAGCUGGGCAGCUCGGCACCCGGCCCCAUCUCUCCCAUCAACCGACCACAGCCGCGACCGAGGCAGAGGGUCGUCAUCGCCGCGGACGAGACACUCGCCGGCAGUGGCGUCUCCACACCACGCAACUACGAAUCGGAGAACAACUCGGACAGCUUUACAAAGUCGCGCGCCAAGAAGCUCCGCCAGGGCCUCCUGCACGUCGACUCGUCCACGCUCGGCUCCCUCAGUCUCGAGGGUGACACGGCGUCGUCCACCAACACGCCCUUUGACUACGAGCGGCAGCAGCGUGAGGAGGCGGAGAUGGCGCAGGCCAUGAAGGAGGUUGAGAGGCUUCGCCUCGAGAUGCAGCGCGCCAACGAGCGCAUCCAGGUCGCGCAGGGUGUCGACGUUGCCGGCACGGUGGUCAAGAAGAAGACCAAGAAGAGCAAGGAUAAGGAUAAAGAGAACAAAGACGGCGCGGGGUCGGCGGUCAAGACGAAAAAGAAGAAGAAGAAGGCGGCGGCGGCGGCCGUCGCCGACGUUGGUGCUGCCCCGCCCGCCGUGCUCUUGACGGACGACGCGGAGAACAGCGGCGGCGGUGGCGACGGGGAGGACAGCGCGCUGAUACCGCCUCCCGACACGGCCUUUGAAGCUGCCGGGGAGGGCGGCUUCGAUGCCGCUGGUCCGCCGAUCGUCGUGCCCAAGAAAAAGAAGAAGAAGAAGACGACCAAGAUGGCCGAGAUUGCGGGGGAUAGCGGUUGA